ACGCUGUGUGGGUAAUCAGGUGAAAGGUUAGGGGUCAUCUUACAUCCGGGACAUUGUGCGUCCUUACGAGAACAUCCAAGAUGGUGGUGGAAAACCUCGCAAUCGCUGACGAGUUCGAAGACGAUCCUCCAGAGGAGGAGGAAGAGGAAGAAGAAGAAGAGGAGGACCUGGAGGACCCAAUGGACACGAUCCGUGAGGACUGCCAGAACAGCCACCACUGUGCCGCGGUGAAGUCCCGGUUCAUGGAGUGUGAGGAUCGGGUGAACAGCGGGAACGGGGAGCCCGAGGAACACUGCACCGAGGAACUGCUCGACUUUCUACACUGUGCUGACCACUGUCUUGCAGAGACCUUAUGGAAGACUAUUGUAUAGAGAAGACAGCAGUGUAAAAAUUAGAGCUACAUCGACACUGGUUAUAGCAGCGGCAUUUUGGACAUGAAAUUGAAACAUGUUAAACUUUGAGAAAUUAUAGAGGGUUCGACUCAGCGAUGCUUAACCUGUUUGCUUCUUUGCAGCAUUUUCUGUCAGCUUGCUUAAGCAGCAGCUUUUUGUUUUCCCAGCAUUAAGUGCAGGGAGACAUAACCUUUUUCAGUUGUUUUGGAAUGAGCUUUCUCCAAAAUUGCCAUAAUACAUGUAGUGGACAUGAUUCCACAAACACCAUGUACAGUCAAACCUGCCUAAGAAAGCUACCCAGGGGACUGAGGUAAAGUGGUCUUCUUGGGCAGUUUGACCUGGAAAAGGUGGUUGUUAAUGUUAUAACCAGGAGGCUGUCUUGAAGAGAUGGUUGCUUGGGUACGGGUUUCUUGGGUACAUUGACUGUAUAUUCAUUUCUGCUUGUGCAGCCUGCUUUGCUUGUCUUGUAACCCCUGCUUUGCUUUCUUUUUUGCCUGCUCCC